CUCUUGACCUGAAUGGGACCUGAAUCAAGCAAUUGCUGUUGAGCUCUGACAGUGGAACACAUCUAGGGGAUAAGGGGGCAUCAAGCUGCAAACAGGCAAGACAGGAAGUUGGCCGCCUCUUCCCUCUCUUGCUUGCUAAACAAUGAUAGCUUGUAUCUGCUCAGUGGAAGCCGCGGGAACCAAUGGAAAUAUGCAACGUACUUCCCAAAUACUUUGCAGCUAAAAUAUAAUCCAGCUCGUUUUGGUGUACGAUUGUUCAAUCAAGCUUCAAGUAGUAUUCUGCAAUCACUGAUGUGCGGGCAGCUUGUGAGCUGUCAUACUUUCAUGUGUCUCAUUGCCUAAUCAGGGCAUAAUGCUUUCAGCUCAAGUGGCGCUUUUCAAAGCAGAAGAGUGUCUGUCAAUGUAUUAGGCAACAGUGCAAGUUACGAUAUGGCCACUUUUGCCAACGCUUAUUGACGGGUUUAUCUAUCCAGUGAUCGUCAUUAGGUCUGUGUCAUCAUCGGGGAGAUUGUGGGAGCAGCUUCCAGUCAAACAAGCUGACCCAGUCCGUGUACCUCCUUCCAAAGCUGCAUCACAGCGUCAGCGGUGAAGGCCUUCUAGGAUAUGGCGAUGACUCGCCCCCAUGGAAGGACCAAGUCCGAUUACCGGGUUUGUCAGGAGGCGCGACAUGCACGCGCCGCCGACUACAGGGACCGCAUCACGAUCAGCACUGAGAAGCAAGAAGCUCUCAUCGCUGCUGUCAAUGCGCAGUGCGAGGCUGAACCUUCCCCUCGCCGCAGGCGGGACCAACAGUCCAAGAUGGCGCCAACUUCUUGGGGAAUCUCGCCGGGCCGUCCUUGCAACUCACCUGCAAGGGCGAGAAAGGCUGCACAGCGGCACCUCGCCCGGUCACUUGGUAAACCUACAGCAAAAGAUCCGCAUUGCCUCCACUGCCACGAGUGCGGCAGUUUGGGACCGCGCAGUCUGGGUACAAGACCGCGCGCAGCGCCGUUUGAAAGCGGAGCUUGCGAGACUGGAAAAGGAGCUGCAGCAGAUGGACGAGGCCAGCUUUUCUGCAGGACCAACUGGCCGCCUUCCAGUAUGGGAUGAUGCCAACUUCAAAAUGGCGCUGCCCUCCACGAAGCCCAUGAGCCAUAAGCUGCUGGCAAUACUCUUGAUGAUUGGUUGCGUCGAGAGCAACCCGGGCCCCUCAUCAGACAGGAUGGACAGUGCGGAAUCAGCCUCAGGCUUGGUUCCCGCCUUUGUCACAAACGCACCUGAAUGCUGGGACGCCUUUGGAAAGCGGGGGAGGAGAUUCGAGAAUGGAGGAGAGUGA